UUGAACUCGAUCACCAUCCAUAAAUUAAGCACUGAUGCACUGCAGAGCGUCCACUUUAAAUAAUUAACUUUUUAUUGGAAAGGGAUGAAUUUGUUCACAGCUUUUAUUACUCACGAUUACUUCUAGUUCGACAAGAUGGAUGAACUGGAAAAGGAGAAUCAACAAGAACAUGGAACACCACUUGACAACUGAUUACUCUGCUCUUUAGUUACAUUUAUCAAUAUGUUCAGACUGGAAAUAUUUGCUGAUUGUCGAGAUGGAUCAAACAGCUUUUGUACCGCACCUGGGACGUGUCAUUAAAUUUGAGCUGCUUUCUGGCCAUUCGCAGCCUAACAGGGACAGUGAUAAAUCUUUAUUCAGCGAUGACUCCAUAUUCAGCGGCAGCGACGCACAGGCCAUUCAACUUCAAGUGGUGUCUUUUGGAUUUUCUUCAGAGAAUAGAAGUUUCGAGGAGGAGACUCGAAGCAAAGCUUGCGCUCUUCAGAACGCUGAUGGCAGAAUCGUGUCAGCACAGUGCCUCAGAGAAAGUCAUACAGGUGUCGUUCUUCCAUGCGUGAUCAUCCAGAGUCAGACCUUACAUGAAGAUUAUGUUUGUUCACUCUUCUUCUACGUGCCUUCCAGUAACAAGCUCUGCCUUUACGGAGAGUUCUCCACCAAAUUUGCACUGCCAAGGAAUAGCGUUUACUUAGCUGAUGGUCCAGUUGUAUGCUGGAGGGUGGUUGAAAGGAAUGAGUUUCUUAUCGCCAGGACAGAGGUCGGGAGCCGAAGUUUUACAGUGCAUCGGUUCAUCGAUGUGAACGACGCUAAGGAAAGCAGCAUCAUGCAUUGCUCGGCGAAUCCUGACGGCAGUUUACACCUCAUCACCACCCCUCAGAUUGAAGUUGAUGGUGGCAGCGAAGAAAGGAUAUGGAAAAGAGCAAUAUGGCAGUCGGAGAAGAGUUUUAAUUUCGCAAACUCCAGCUGUCUUGUGCCAGAGGUGUAUGCUUCCAUCACGUGUUGCAUGCUAUACGAGGAAGGGAAUACAUCGAGCGGGGAAUCUGAGAAUGUUGGAGAUUACAACCCUUCUCUACAAUGGAACACGACAUACAUUGCCACUUCCAUGAAGCAGCUCUUGAAGUUCCAGAACGGCGUGUUCUGCAAACUCACCAGCAUCCCUUUUGAUGAUGCAGUUGACAUUGUUACCAUGGAAACAAGAGGAGAGAAGGUGCUCAUUGUAAGGUCAAGAAGAAGUCAAGUUUGUGUCAUCAGUUGUACAUCUUUUCAGGUCAUAGAGGAAUGGAAGAAUGUCAUGUGUGUCUGUAUUGAUGAUGUCAUUGGAAAUGGCAGAGAUCAGCUACUUAUGCUCCUGCAUGCCAAUGAGGGCUCUCCUGAAGAGCAACCGUUCCCUCAGUUCAUCCUCACCGACCUUGAUCUGUGCCACAUUACGAGAUGUGACCCAGCACUGCAUGAUGGGAAAGGUCAGAGGUCGGAUGUCAGGCAGUCUACGUCUAGCCCAGAGAGCCUUAUUACAGCCAUGAAAGCUUUAGAAGCCAAGGUCGAGAUUGGACUAACAUCAUUGAAGGAGCAGGAACUCAGCAGAAGGCUCAAGGAUUCUAUCAUCACACAAUCGAUGGAGAAUCUGGCUCAGAUGGCAAAUGGUGUAUCAAUCUCAUCGCCGGGACAGGCAACUCUAGUCCACCUGUGUGGGGUAGUCGCCAGCCAGCCAUCGCAAUGUCCGGAGCCAAGGAGAGAUACAGGUCAAAGGUUAAAUGUCACCAAUGGAUGGCAUAGAAUCGUCAAUGGGAAGUGGGUCAUUGGAGUCAAGGUCACAAACGAUACCCCGUGGGCUGUGUCAGAUAUGAAGUUGCUGGUAUUGCCAUGGAAGACUGAUUUGUUUCAAGAACUUGACGGAUGUGAGGGAAGUAUUUAUCAUCCAGUAUCCCACAUUACCUCUGAGGAUUGUCCAGAAACAGAGUUCCAAGAAUCCAGUUCUGGUCCACCGAAUAAAAGAACAAAGCUUCAGGAUAUGACGGAACCAUCUGUCAAAGCCCAUGGAACAACGUCAUCCUCAUCGUCAGGAGAUUCAUCAUCUCCUGCAUUGCCUCUGAUGCCAGGAAAUGAAUGUGAUGCUGUUGCUAUGAUGUCCAUACCAACGUUCCUUGAAGGUUCCGUGGUCUUUCGAUUGUUGAUCCUACAGUGGAUGAGUUUCCGUCCAGGAGAGCGGAUUGGAUUGGACAGACCAAGGGUGAUGUCAAGGAUCUGUGGGCGUGUCAGCGUUACUGCAGCUGACGUCCUGGGAACCAAACUGUCCGUGAAGUUACCAGAAGUCGAUCCCACACUUGCGAAGCCACUUCCACUUCACCAAAGCCAGACUAAAAGGCCAGUGCUCUCAAGGACAGACAGACUAGCCAUGGAUGCAUCGCAGCUUUCAAUCACUGUCCAGGUCACCUCUAGGUACACCCCUCUCCAGAAUCUCCCCAGAGUGCUGUCCAAGGAUCUGGGAUUCCAGGAGAUGAGAGGAGAGAACACCUGUCUGUGUGACUGCACCAGUGGGGUAUUGAGAGGUACGAGGGUCUAUGUGGACGGUAUCAGAAACCAUAGUGUCCUGCUAACAGUAUGUGCAAGAGACAAGAGAGAGCUGAUGCUAUUCUUCCACACCUUGAAAUCAAGUCUUCCUGUCGAUAUACAAUUCAACUUGGACACCCCGAGUGAACAAAUAGAAGAGGCCAUUCAAAAUGGCAUCAGAAGCAUGAACAAAGAACUUCAGCAUGUGCAAAAGACAAUCGACCUGGCCUGUUCCACUAUUGAUGCAGGGAUGAAUCAUACAGAGAAGAACACGGAGGGAAGCAAGGUUGAUAAAAUGGAAAUUGGUGGAGGUGGAGACAGUAACAGUGGGGAGCAGGAAAGAGUCAAGAGAUUGCGAGAGGAUUUCCUGACACAGCAGGCAUACACCAAGUCCAAGGAUUGUGAACUGAGGGGCGAACAAGCAGAGUCUCUUCGCUUCAAACUCUUAGAACUCAGAGAAACUACUGAUGCUGCUGUUACGACACUGAGUAGAUGCAUCAGAUAGUAGUAAUUAAAGUCAAACCUGUAUAGGAAGACCUACUACCCUAGUGACACAAGAACAAUAGUCUUCAUAAAGAGGUGGUCUUUAGAUCCAGCUGCUAAAGAAAUAGUUGCUUGGUGCAAAUUAAUUCUGCUGGGUACCCAUUUACCUCACGGUGGGUUGAGUGCAGCACAAUAUGGGUAAAUUUCUUGCUAAAGGAAGUAUUAAAAUCAACCAAAUCCCUUGAGUGGGGUGAAUUCACGUCCAGCUGUGCUGUUACUGUAAUGUUAUGAAUAGAAUUUAUACGAUUUGCAGCUUUGGUUUCAUGAUGUAUUUGUACUUUAUAUUAAAAACAUGCAAAUUGAGAGGUUGAGUUAUAUUUCUUUUAUGAAAUCAGUGUACCUGGGUUAGGACAUGGAUAAGGUGUUUCAUGAAGGUUGAAGGUUGGCUAAAGAUUAAAUUUAAAUUUAUGUUGGUAUUGUAUGUAAGGCAUCGCUGCAUCGUCAGUUUGGGCUCAUUGGGACGCCUGCUAUCAAAUAAUCAGCAAUUGGAUUACUUGUUGAAUAUCAUGUGUUGUGUUAGUAAUUGACUUUAAUGCAGAAGUAGCGAGUUUUAACACCACUAA